GCCUGGUUCCCGUGUUCAUGGCCUGGAACCAGCUCGCAACAUCUCCCGCCCACCUGACAGCGUGAGAGCUUCACACCCGCGGCCACAGCAUACGCAUACAGACGAAGCCAAGCCCUCCGACGCCAGGAUAUUCGCUCAAAUCGAACAACGACCUACAACGCCCUCCGUACCCACUGUGUUCUCUGCGCCGCACCUAAUCGGAGCAGUCUGCUGUGAUACUUUGUGGCCCCCAACCCCACGGAGCUCUCGCCUUGACCCGGUUCCUGGAUUGGCUCAUCUUGCAAGGCACCAGGGAGCAACCGGCUACGGCCGCGCUACAACGUCGCAGCCGCGCCAUUUGGUGUUGUGCAGUCGCUGAGUGCGACCGAAACACUCGAAAAUGCUACUUCCCAAGGGCGGCGUCAGCUGGAAGGCUGCGAGAGCAAAUCUCCCUCCGAGGAGAGCAAUAUUGAUGUUCUUCACCAGGUCGCGGUUCCUCCUCCUUAUAGCCCUCGCCAGCAUAAUAGUGCUGCUAUGGCGCGGCAUCCGAAGCUCAGCACCCGAGAUGCAGAGGUUCUACUGUUGGGGCCCCUCGAAACCGCCCAUGGAGAUGACGCCGAACGAACAAGCAGCAUGGUCAUCCCACCUCAAUACCCCUGUCAUAUUCAACAACCACGCCCCGCUGGAGAUCAACUCGUCGACCAUCCAAUAUAUUGACCUAAACCCAAUCAAGUCCACCACCAGAGCCAUUCAGAACAAUGAGCGAGUCCUCAUCCUCACCCCGCUCAAGGAUGCCUCCCGAUACCUCUCCAAGUACUUUGAGCUUAUCGCCAAGCUUACGUACCCCCACCACCUCAUCGACCUUGCUUUCCUCGUCAGCGAUAGCACGGACGAUACAAUGGCUGUCCUCGCCGCCGAGCUUGACCGGAUUCAGAAGCGCCCGGACAACGUUCCCUUUAGAAGCGCUACGGUGAUCCAGAAGGACUUCGGCUUCACGCUGAGCCAGGAUGUUGAGGACCGACACGGCUUCGCCGCCCAGGCGCCGCGACGCAAGGCUCUUGGGAGGGCGCGGAACUACCUGCUGUACUCGGCGCUCAAGCCCGAGCAUUCGUGGGUGUACUGGAGAGAUGCGGACAUUGUCGACAGCCCCGAUAAGAUUAUCGAGGACUUCAUCGCCCACGAUAGGGAUGUUCUUGUUCCUAACAUCUGGUUCCAUCGCUACGAGAACGGCCGCGAUAUCGAAGGCAGAUUUGACUACAAUUCAUGGAUCGAGUCGGACAAAGCUCGUAAGCUGGCCGCGAGCCUGGACAAGGAUACGAUCCUGGUCGAGGGCUACAAAGAGUUCGACACGGGGCGGACGUACAUGGCGAGGAUGGGCGACUGGCGGAACAACAAGGAUGAGGAAAUUGAGCUGGACGGCGUCGGUGGUGUCAACAUCAUCGUCAAGGCCGAUGUGCACCGAUCAGGUAUCAACUUUCCGUGCUAUGCCUUCGAGAACCAAGCAGAAACGGAAGGCUUUGCAAAGAUGGCCAAGCGUGCCGGCUAUGGUGUCUAUGGCCUGCCUAAUUACGUCGUCUGGCACAUCGACACCCAGGAGAAGGGCGGAAACCUAUAAGCGUUCCGCACCUGCCUUUCCUCGUCAGUUCUGUGGGCACAAUUGAGAGAUGUGCCGCUAAUCAAGGCGGUCACCCUCGUUUUGUUGGACCGCAGCCCUCCUCUCCUUUUGAGGACACCGAACUACGAACCCUAAUCAACUUUGGAGACAGGCGUUCAGCGG